CUGGAAUUUCUCUUGAAAGAAAGAAAGACGAUGUCCAACUAUCUCCCAAACGAGGUGAUCAUUGAAAUCCUCUCAAGACUGCCUGUGAAGUCUCUCAUCAGAUUCAGAUGCGUUUCCAAGACAUGGUGCUCUCUCAUCUCAAGUCCGCACUUCAUUGCCACCCACCUCAAUCGUGCUCUUUCCAAUCCCCACCCACCCUACCUUCUCCUCCACCUUUACAGUAACAAUAUCGCGAAAGAAAGCUUCACUCUCCAUUCUUUCGAUGACCCAUUCCCUCGCAACCAUUUCACCAAACACCUGGACUACACCUCCCCUGCCCCACAUAUCCUCCCGCUUUCUCUGGAUCAAGAAGUAAAAGAGAAAGGGUGUUUCUUCGCACAUCCAUCAGAUUUCAUAGAAUUGCAUUGUUUACAGUUCCCCAACAAUUCCUUCUACGUAAUUGGAUCAUCUAAUGGCCUACUUUGUUUGGCGGAGGCUGUUGACGAUUCUUACUGUCGCAAUUUUGGGUUAUUUGUUAUAUGGAACCCUUCUAUUCAAAAAGCUAUUUCCCUUCCGGAGUCUAACAUUAUUUCCCUUCCGGAUAGCAUUGAAUUUGAUAUGUACCGAAAUUCUAUCCAAUGUCUUGGAUUUGGGUAUGACCCCAAAACCGAUGAUUACAAAUUGGUGAGACUUGUGUAUCGUUUCGACACUGUUCCACCUCUAGUCGAGAUUUAUAAGCUUCGAACCCGCGCAUGGCGCUCUCUUAAGGCCCCAGGUCCUCCCUAUGCAAUCAUAACAUGGUUUAUAUCAGUUUUCUUGAAUGGGGCACUACACUGGCCAGCAUACACUCCUGCACACCAAGGCACGUUUCACAAUCUGAUCGUGUCGUUUGAUAUGGAGGAUGAGACCUUUUGUGAAGUGGCUAUGCCUAAGAGUUUACAAGGAGUGGAAGACUUGACUGUUGCUGUUGCAGUAGUUGAUGGGUUGCUUGCCCUUGUCCCUUGUAAUAAAUAUGGCAUGGCGAAGAUUCACUCCGUUUGGGUGAUGAAAGAGUAUGGAGUAGAGGAAUCUUGGACGAAGCUGUAUGGUAUUGACAAUGGGGAAGGAGUGAAUAGGGUGAUAGGCUUUACAAAGAAUGGUGAAGCUCUACUGAUCAAGAAUGAAAAGUUGUUUUCUUAUUCACCUUGUACCCAACAAACUUUGGAUCUUCACAUUGGUGGCAUAUCAUUAUUGUUUUCUUUGGAUACCUAUGUGGAGAGCCUUGUUCCAGUGAACAUAGCAGAUGGAGUUUUGGGGAACUAGGCGGCUCCGUCAGGUGGUUGUGAGAGCGGAGGUGUAACGAUCCGGAUUAAUUCUUAGGCCUAGCCUUGAUAGAUGAACUCAGAGUUGCGUUGGCUUGUUAGUGUGAUCGAUCGGUUUGUUCUAUAAAAUAGAUAUUUUCAUGAUUACAUGAUUGAUUUAAUAUUAAUUAGCAUGUUGAGUACUAAGAUGGCAUAUAAGGAGUUGGG